AGAUGCCGGACGAUUCAUCAUAGUGCCGCCUUUCUGUCGCAAUGUUGCGGUGAUGGUUGGUCAUUGCUUGUAACACGGAGUCACGCCGACCGUUUAUGUAUAAGCAUAAUUGAAAGGAUGUUUUGCCAAACAUUUGCUUGUGCCUGUUACUGUACAUUGGAUUUAAUGAAAAGGACACAAUUCGCUGUACACGUAAAAGGAUUGCAGUAAAGCCGAGAUAUCUUAAGAAUAUUUGCCAUCUUUUAUACUAACGUUUGCAUCCAAGUGUGCCUGCUUUGUUGUCGGCUGUGUUCAAAGUGCCAAUCUCCCACAGGUCCAAGUGGAGAUUAGCGGGCGGAAGAUCACGCCUAUGGUGCUCCGCAUUACAACUGCCGUAUACGCAUCGUGCCGCAUUUUGUUGUGGUCAGUUCGAUGGUUAUUACACAUGUACCCGACUACCCUCGCAGUGCACACCGGUAUUAACGCUACGUGUGACUGGUUUGCGCGCCCUCUUGUGUAGCUUUUUGAUGAAAACCUGCGGGCAUUUUGAUUCGUUAUAUUUCACUGGAAUAGGAUGGAUGCAUGACUGAAUCUAUAUUCAGUCAAAAUUCUAUCGGAGAGACAUACUCAUUUGUGACAUUGAUAGCUGCCUUUUAAUACCUUACAAACUAAUCUUCUGAUCAUUAGUCGGCGGAUACUGACCAUAUCAAAGCGCAAAUAUAUCAUCUUCUACAAGUAUCGGCAACGGACACACAGCAACAGUCAAACUUCCGGCCGCACGCCUGUUUGUCUGUCCGAUCCGGAUUUUACGACGCGUUCUGGAUGGAAUAUCGAAGCGCUUAAGAUGUAGACAUCCCGCGGCCAAGCAGGGUAUUAAUACCGGUAAACACGGAAUGGAUUAAAAAUGAAUUUCCCGAGCAUUCGAAUCUUUUCGCUCCAAGUGUUUUUGCUCUCUUGGGUGAUUACACCGCCAUACUGCGAGGCGCAGUUAGGAAGCUGGUGGAGCCUGGCCAGCCGCACAGAAUUAUUGGGCGCCCAUUCGCCCGAACUGCUCCUACUGAGCGCUGCUCCCAAUUUCUGCUCCCAUUUGGAGGCCGGAUUAAGUAAAGGACAAGAGAGAUUAUGUACACUAUAUCAGGACCAUAUGUCCAGUAUUGCGCACGGGGCCGAUGCCGGCAUUACCGAGUGUCAGUACCAAUUUCGUAAUCGCCGAUGGAAUUGCACGGGGACGAUGGACAAUAAGACCGAUCGGAUCUUUGGUCCGCUAAUGAAAAUAGGGAGCCGAGAGUCGGCAUUCGUUAGCGCUGUUCUAGCAGCCGGCGUAACGCAUGCAGUCAGUCGAAGUUGUCGAGAAGGCGAGCUCAGUACAUGCGGAUGCUCCAAACAGCCUCGUCCGAAAAUCCUAAAAGAAGCCUGGCACUGGGGAGGAUGCGGGGAUAACGUGCAGUACGGCUACAAGUUUGCAGAAGGCUUCAUCGAUGUUAGGGAAAAGGAGAAGAAUUACAAGCGUAAUUCGCCGGAACAAGCGCGGGCUUUCAUGAACCUCCAUAAUAAUCAAGCCGGACGAAGGGCGGUGUACAGAGCAGCCAAAAUCGCUUGCAAAUGCCAUGGCGUUAGCGGGAGUUGUAGCUUGAAAACGUGCUGGCAUCAGUUACCGCCGUUCCGGGAUAUCGGGAUGAAAAUAAAGUCGAAGUACGAUGCAGCAGCGAAAGUCCAGUUGAACCGUAAAGGCCGACUGCAGGCGGUGGAUGCCGGAUUCGUGACACCCACAGCAGAAGAUUUGGUCUACCUUGUAGACAGUCCCGAUUACUGUCUGUUUAACAGGAAAACUGGUAGUCAAGGGACGAAAGACCGCAAGUGCGAUCCACUUUCCCAAGGCACCGACGGAUGUGACAUAAUGUGUUGUGGUCGUGGGUUUAACACGCGAAAGGAAGUAAUUCGCGAACGAUGUGAGUGCAAAUUCCAGUGGUGCUGUUACGUUGCUUGCAAGACUUGUGAACGCAUAGCCGAGGUGCACACAUGCAAAUAAAUGGUUUAUCAGCGUUAAAUGACUGUAAUUGUGCAUUGCGGAGACAAAAAUGUAAUUGUUUUAUUUGUGGUUGUGCUGACAAAACUUGCCUUUUUGUUGCCGCCUCUGUUUGU